AUGGGGGAGGAAUCUAGACUUCUUAAAGAAAGCACAACAAUAGAUGACAACAUGGAGGAAGAAGUUGAAGGAGUUGAAGAAAGAGACCCAGAAAACAAUCCACUUAAUGAGCCACUUCUCAAGAGGAACAGGACUUUAUCUUCCAAUCCACUUGCUCUUGUUGGAGCAAAAGUUUCAUACAUAGAAAGCUUGGACUAUGAGAUCAAUGAGAAUGAUCUAUUCAAGCAAGAUUGGAGGAGUAGAUCAAGAGCUCAAGUGUCUCAAUACAUAUUCUUGAAAUGGUCUCUUGCAUUCCUUGUUGGACUUUUUACUGGUAUUAUAGCCACUCUUAUCAACCUUGCUGUUGAGAACAUUGCAGGGUACAAGCUUCUCACUGUUGUUAGUUACAUCCAGACAGAAAGGUACUUGUCAGGUUUCCUAUAUUUCACGGGCAUGAAUUUCCUUUUGACAUUUGUUGCUGCUAUGCUGUGUGUGUGUUUUGCACCAACUGCUGCUGGUCCUGGAAUACCUGAAAUCAAAGCUUAUCUUAAUGGUGUUGAUACUCCCAACAUGUAUGGUGCUACAACAUUGUUUGUCAAGAUAAUUGGAAGCAUUGGAGCUGUAUCAGCAGGCCUAGAUUUAGGAAAAGAAGGGCCAUUGGUACAUAUAGGAAGCUGCAUUGCAUCAUUACUAGGCCAAGGAGGACCUGACAAUUACAGGAUCAAAUGGGGGUGGCUGAGAUAUUUCAACAAUGAUAGAGACCGUCGUGAUCUCAUUACAUGUGGUGCUUCUUCAGGUGUUUGUGCAGCUUUCAGGGCCCCUGUGGGUGGAGUUCUCUUUGCUCUUGAAGAGGUUGCAACUUGGUGGAGAAGUGCUCUCCUUUGGAGAACAUUUUGUAGCACAGCUGUGGUUGUGGUUGUGCUAAGGGCCUUCAUUGAACUAUGUCAUGAAGGGAAAUGUGGUCUUUUUGGUGAAGGAGGGUUGAUCAUGUAUGAUGUGAGCAAUGUCACUGUUAGUUACCAUGUUAUGGAUAUCAUCCCUGUUGCAAUCAUUGGAAUCAUUGGUGGUGUAUUGGGAAGCCUUUACAACUAUCUUCUCCACAAGGUCCUUCGUCUCUACAAUCUCAUCAAUCAGAAAGGAAAAAUAUAUAAGCUCCUCCUCAGUCUUGCAGUUUCACUCUUCACAUCAGUGUGCCAAUAUGGUCUACCAUUCCUAGCAAAAUGCAAACCUUGUGAUUCAUCACUUCCUGAGUCUGUCUGCCCCACAAAUGGGAGGUCUGGAAAUUACAAACAAUUCAACUGUCCAAAUGGCUACUACAAUGAUCUUGCUACUCUACUCCUUACAACUAAUGAUGAUGCUGUUAGAAACAUAUUCUCAACCAACACUACUCAUGAAUUCCAAGCCUCCUCCAUCCUAAUUUUCUUUGUACUCUAUUGCAUAUUAGGACUAAUUACCUUUGGAAUUGCUGUGCCGUCUGGUCUCUUUCUCCCAAUCAUACUCAUGGGUUCAGGUUAUGGCAGGCUUCUUGGCAUCAUCAUGGGACCUCAUACAAACAUUGACAAAGGGUUGUUUGCAGUUCUUGGUGCAGCCUCCCUCAUGGCUGGAUCUAUGAGAAUGACUGUGUCCCUCUGUGUGAUAUUUCUUGAACUAACCAACAACCUUCUCCUACUACCAAUAACAAUGAUUGUUCUCCUAAUAGCCAAAACUGUUGGAGACAGCUUCAACCCAAGUAUCUAUGAGAUCAUACUACACUUAAAAGGCCUUCCUUUCUUGGAUGCAAACCCUGAACCAUGGAUGAGAAACAUCACAGUGGGAGAGCUUCUUGAUGUAAAGCCAGCAGUGGUUACCCUUCAAGGAGUAGAAAAGGUAGAAAAUAUAGUCAAUGCCUUGAAAGACACUACACAUAAUGGUUUUCCUGUCAUGGAUGAUGGGGUAGUGCCACCAACAGGACUAGCCAAUGGGAUGAAAGAACUGCAUGGAGUGAUUCUAAGAGCACACCUCAUCCAAGUGCUGAAGAAAAAGUGGUUCUUGAAAGAGAGAAGGAGAACUGAGGAAUGGGAAGUGAGAGAGAAAUUCACUUGGGUAGAGCUGGCUGAGAGAGAAGGGAAUAUUGAAGAGGUGGCAGUGACAAGAGAAGAAAUGGAGAUGUUUGUUGAUUUACAUCCUCUCACCAAUACAACUCCAUUUACAGUACUAGAGAGCAUAUCAGUAGCAAAAGCAAUGAUCCUCUUCAGGCAAGUAGGACUUCGCCAUAUGCUUGUUGUACCCAAGUAUCAAGCAUCUGGGGUAUCUCCUGUAAUUGGGAUCUUGACAAGGCAAGAUCUAUUGGCCUACAACAUUCUGCAAGUCUUUCCUCACCUGGCAAAAUCUAAGGAUAGAGAAAAGUGGAAUUGA